AGGGUGGUGGGAGUGCGAGACGACGUGGGGGAAGGGAUGAGAAUUCGGAUAGGGAUUCGGAGCCGUUGGGGAAGUUGUUCGAAGGGACUUCUAGAGGAGUGCGUAGGGAUGGAGAAAGUGCGAGUACGGGUGAGCACCCGAGAGUACGCAGAUCGGAACGCCCCGCAGCUGGGGAGGUAUCCGAACGCGAACACAGAGACAGAGACAGAGAUGUGGAUGCGGAUAGGGAAGAACGACGGCGGCGGGAACGUGAACGUGAACGUGAACGCGAACGUGAACAUCGGUCCCACCACCAGACAUCCCACCACACGCACCCCCCCGCCACCCAUCCGGACCCACCAUCCGACCGCCAUCGCCGCCGCGACCGCCACACCUCCGCCGACCACCCCACCCCAACCUCCACCCGCCGCACCAAACAGCGCGACCCCACCCGCGCCGACUCCCUCCUGUCCCCGUCCUCGGAUCACAGACCAACCCUCCUCGACCGGAUCCCUAACGAUACAACUACACCGUCAUCGUCGGCUGGGUUACGGAGAUCGAGGACGAUAAAUAAAGGAGGGGGAGGGGAAGCGGGCCCAUUGAUUGAUGUGAGUGACGUAAAUAAUUGUCGGACGUGUGGGUGUAGUGAGUAUAGAAGGGGGAAAGGGCGGG